UUAAGUUUCACUUCGAUUGUAGAAUGUUGUCUUCAGUUCUAUCUGCGUUGAACAUACAGACAUUUCUGAUUGGAAUAGCAGUUUUACUUACUGUUUACAAGCUUCGUCAAAGAUGGAAAUAUAAAUUACCACCAGGGCCAUUCGCCUGGCCUCUGAUCGGAAAUUAUGAAGUUAUGCAAGCUAAGUUUCUUCACGAAAUAUGUGCAAAGUACACAAAGAAAUAUGGACCUGUUUUCACAAUAAAACUUGGACCUUUUAAGAUGGUUAUCUUAAAUGAUAUCAACAGCGUUACUGAGGCUUUAGUCAAGAGGAAAGCAGACUUCGCAAAUAGACCGUUUAUGAAAUCGGUUGACGUGUUCACAGAGGGAGGAAAGGAUAUUGCUUUUGCUAAUUAUACACCAACAUGGAAACUUCAUAGGAAAAUUGCUGGAAAAGCAUUAAGGCAAUAUUUAGCAGGUAAUCGGUUAGAAGAAGUUGUUCACAGUUCAAUGAACAAAUGCUUAUCUCUUAUGGCUAAAGAAAAUGAACCAUUUGAUCCAGAGAAUUACAUUGAUUUAAUGGUGUUUAAUAUUCUUCAUGCAGUUUGCUUUGGAAAAAGUGCAGAAUUAGAUGACCCGGAUUUUGUUAGAUUUAUGAAAAUUGACAAGGAUUUUACAGAAAUUAUAGGAAAGGGUUUCGUGGAAGAUAUGUUUCCGAUUAUGUACAAAAUCUGUCCUACUAAGAAAUACAGAACAGUCAAAGAAAUUUUCGGCGAAAUGAUAGCUAUGAUAGAAGGGAAAUUCAGAGAACAUGAAGAAACGUUUGAUUGUGACAAUAUAAGAGAUUUUACCGAUUCGUUAAUUCUGGCGAGAAAUGAAGCGGAACAAGAUGAAGAAAUGAUGUCCCAAUUAACAGACACACAUCUGAGACAAACUUUAGUAGAUAUUUUUCGUGGUGGCAUUGACACGUCGAGAGUUUCUUUGUAUUUUGUUGUACGGUUCAUGGCUGGGUUACCUGAUAUCCAGCGUCAAGUUCAGAACGAAAUAGACAACGUUGUUGGAAAAGAUAGAUUACCCGGAAUUAAAGAUAGAGAAAGUCUCAGUUACACGGAAGCAACCUUGCAUGAAGCCAUGAGACUUGGCACAGUUUCUGCCUUUGGUUUACCUCACUGUACCUUAUGUGAUACACAAGUGGGAGGUUAUGAUGUUCCAAAGGAUACAAUGGUUAUGAUCAAUCACUGGGCCCUUCACCAUGAUCCUAAAUAUUGGAAAGACGUGGAGAAAUUUGAUCCAACACGCUAUCUCGACGAAAAUGGAAAACUUGGUAUGAAACCAGAAAGCUGGUUGCCAUUCUCUGCAGGGAGACGUGUGUGUCUAGGAGAAGCUGUUGCUAAACCAGAACUUCAUUUGAUUUUUGCAAUGAUUAUGCAAAGAUUCGAGAUAACCAUGCCAGAUGGAACGAAUCCUGAAUUAAAGCUUAGUGGAUCUGGUGUGAUUCCACAACCAGCUCCUUUCAAAAUCAUUGUGAAAGACAGAAAAAUUACAUGAUUUCGUUGAAUUGUAUUUCUAGUGAGGUAGAUAAACAAAAAUCAAAAUGUGUUUCUAUAAUAGGAGAUUUUACGGAAUUCCCCUUUCCGCGCGUGCGCAAUGAACUGGCCGUCAAAAAGUUUGUUGGUAAACAGAAGACAGCAGACUUCCGUUCCAGUCAUAAGGCGCUGAACGGAAACGGCCAAUUGACGGCCAGACUUCCCCGGAUUUAAAAAUAGAACCGAGAUGACUUCAUCGAUAAAAUCUUCUUAUAUCAUGUCUUUUAUCACAAUUGUGUGGCAAUCUCUUUCUUUUUUUGACAUUCAGUUAAGAUUACUUUACUGUCAGGCAAAACAUAUCAUUGUCCUUUUUGUUUUCAUUCGUCAUUAAUAUGAAUAUAUAAUACUUUUCAACUAUGUAAACUCAAAUUUAAGACUGCAAAUUGUAAUCAUUAUUUAAAAACAUUUAAAAGAAAGCGGAAGAUACCUAAUGGAUAUUCAAACUCAUAAGUUGAUUACAAAGCUGUUUCCUGAAAAUGAUACUUUAUCAUGUGCUUCUGUUUAUAUAAAGCUGAUAGGAUCUUGCAUACUGCGAAAGAGAGGUCCAUAUUAACCACUUAAAAUACUAAAUGAAUAGUAUUUUAGUAUAUGUUUUUUCAUUUGAUAUAUAUAAUUUUUUGUAUUGCUUGAUCCUUCAGUAUUUUCUAUUGUGCAAUAAAAUUCGCUUUAUUGAACUAA